AUGCCAUCACCCUCUUUAGUCGUCUGCUCAAACAUAAUUACAAGCAAAAUGGGCUCUAACAAGAAGAGGUGCCAUAUUUACUCCAUCCACAAACUGUGGUCAUCGAUUCCUAUCGAAAGAUUUCCAGAAUAUAGAAUAUAUAACAUUCUAAAGUUGAUUCACAUCUUCAAAUUGUUCCCCCUUGUCCUUCUUUGCAUGAUACGCCACUGUGAAUAA